AUGUUUGGUCGAAAAAAGGAAGCACCUGGCGAGUCCACACCGCUGAUGCAUCGGCCAUCCUCUUCUACAACACCCUCUCAACCGAAUGUCGAUGAUGUGGAUAGUGACGGUUUUGACGGUGCUUCUGACAUUGUCGAAGGCGACUUUGACGACAAUGGCAACGUCUACUUUGCCAGCCUGAAAGAAAACAGCAUACGACGAGAAAGCAUGGCGGCGGAUCAGCUUUCCUUUCGUUUGUUGGCGAUUGAUGACGACGAUUCCGAAGCCGAAGAACGCAUCCUUCGAGAAUCUCUGGCCUUGGAUGUCCCCUUGCAUCAUCGAGGAUCAUUUGCCUCACAGCAAAGUUUAAGCGCAAGUGCCAGGAACAAUCAAAGUGCGGCUCGCAAUCGAUUUGUGACCAUGGCAUUCUUGGCGUUAUUGUCGUUUGUCUUGAUUGGUGCGGCAUUGUACGUUGGAGCUCAGUUUAUUGGCCCACCCAAUGUACCGGCGGGACCGUAUCGACUGCUCGAACGACAGGAAGGAACAAAGUUCUUUGACUAUUGGAGCUUUUACGAAGGACCCGACUCUGUGGGUAGCAAUGGGUACAUUACCUAUGUAUCGGAAGCUAGAGCCAAGGUAGUGGGGAUUGUCAAUGUGACCAUGGAAAAGGAUGACUUGGAUGUCUACUUUGCAAAUGAUGGCGACAUUGUGGAUAGUGUUGAUGCCAAUGGAAAUAGUACGAGACGACAACGACGGCUGCAACUCAAAGAACAAAGCGAAGAACCCUUCUUGUACCUGACUACGUCUCCCACUCAAGGUGGACCUCGUGAAUCCAUUCGACUAGAGGGCAAACGUCGGUUCAACAGGGGCCUCUUUAUCAUUGAUGUCCGACACAUGCCUGAGGGUUGUGGGGUAUGGCCAGCCUUUUGGAUGACAGAUGAAGCCAAUUGGCCCGUCAAUGGAGAAAUUGACAUUGUGGAGGGAGUCAAUUACCAAAGUGAAGCCAAGACGGCUUUGCACAGUACCAAGCAAUGUGACAUGUACGAUGUGCCAGUAGGAACCAUGAGUGGGACGUGGGAUACAGCGGUUGGGAUUCCCGAUAAAAAGACGGGCAUUCCCGACAUGACCUUUCGAGAAGCCCGCAACUGUUUUGUCUACGAUCCUCACCAGUGGCUGAAUCAAGGAUGUGUGGCCGUUGACGCCGACGGUGGUUCUCUGGGAGUACCCCUCAAUAAAAAGGGUGGCGGAGUAUUUGCCUUGGAAUGGGAUCCACAAAACAAACAUAUCCGAACCUGGGUCUUUUCACCCCACAAGGCAGUUCCCGAAAACUUGGUCAGGGCCAUUCGAACCGCUCACAAGCCGGAAAAAGACCGGGUCAUGCCAGAUCCCAACAUGUGGCCAGUGCCCUAUGGUUACUUUCCCAUUGGUGAGGGAACCAACUGUGGUUCCCACCACUUUAAGGAUAUGCGAUUGGUGUUAAAUACAGCCUUUUGUGGGAGCGUCGCGGGGAAUCGAUUCCAAUUGGAUUGCAAAAAGGAGUCCAAACAAUUCAAAACUUGCAACGACUACAUCAAGAGUGAACCAGAGGCACUGAAGCAAGCCUAUUGGAAGAUUCGGGGUGUCUAUGUAUACGAACGAGAUUGGGUCAAGACUUGGGCGCAUUAA